AUGCCUCUAGUCUCAAAUGAUCCCAGUUGGUGGCCAUUCAUCAAUGCGAGUAGGAUUUCCAGCUAUUUUGUAGUUGCAGCCUUUGCUGGGGGGAUGUAUGAUUGGGUAUUUCCAGCAUUGACAUUCGGGAAAGAGGUCGAACUGAUCUGGAAGCGACGCUGGUCCCUCGUGACUUUUCUCUAUAUCAGUGCGCACUAUCUUGGAAUGUUAUGGAUCGUGACCCAGAUGCUGUCCAGUGUUCCAACGAUCACAGUCACAGAUGUAAUCCUGAUACUUCUUGGUGUCGUCUUCCUUCUUGUCAAUAUCGCGAACAUAGCGAUCAGCGCAAUAAUAACGAACCAUACCAUUUCGGGGGAGGAGCUCAUUCUCUCCGGCACCUAUCAGUGCAUUGUUAACUUUGAGUCAGAUACCAUGCGUCUGUCGUCCAUGACUUGGAUACUGGGCACUGUAUGGGAGGUCUUCGCACUGUGUCUCGCUGUCUGGAUUGCUGUAAAACACUUCCAAGAACUGCGACGACAAUUGACAGGAGGGAUUCUCGAAGACUGUUUCACGGUGUUGAUGAAAUCUCAUGUGGGCUACUUUGUGAGCUUUGUUGCUGUUUCUUGCUUCGAGCUCAGUUAUGAGAUGUCGACGAUGCCAGCGGACCUAUAUUCCCUGGAAGUCCAGAUUUAUGCUGGGUUUCGUCAAAUAUUCAUGGUUGUGCAUUUGUUUGUGCUGGGACCACGUCUCAUCCUUGUUGUUCGAGAAUAUCACGCUGAGCUCAUGGACGACUCAGACGCAGCAACUGCCAUGACUUCAAUUGCCUUCCAGGAGCGUGAGCAUGUGUCAACUAGCAGUAGUGUGUAG